GCAUCUAGGUAUGGGAACUCACAUUACAAAGACUUGUAGCAGCGCUUUCUAUUAUUUAUACAAUAUGCGUCAUACUAGGAAAUAUUUAUCCAGAGAAUCAACUGAAAUUAGUUCAUGCUUUUAUCAGUAAUAGAUUGGAUUAUUGUAAUAGCCUUCUGUAUGGAAUCCCGGAAUAUCAGACUAUGAAAUUGCAACGUGUUAUGAAUGCGAGUGCAAGACUUAUAUAUCGUGCGCACAAGGUCUGUCAUAUAACACCUCUACUCGCAGAAUUGCAUUGGUUACCAGUGCGCUCCAGGAUACAUUAUAAGAUACUCUUGAUAACUUUUAAAAUUUUGCGUGGCCUAUCACCUAAGUACCUUUCAGAUUUAAUUAGUAUUCAACAGCCUUCGUCCUACCAUUUGAGGCCCAGCGACAAUGGUCGUUUGUUGGAAAGACCAAGUGUGAAAACCGAGAAAACAUUGGGAGACAGAGCUUUCCAGGUAGCUGCUCCUUUCCUGUGGAAUAAGCUGCCAAGGUCCGCGCGCGAGGCAACGAAC